AUGGCCGCAGAGAAGCCGUCGGUACUCAUCAUCGGCGGGCUUGGUUAUAUUGGACGAUUCUUGGCCCGGUAUAUACACGAGAACGAUCUCGCAUCAGAAAUUCGCUUAGUAGAUAAGGUAUUACCGCAACUCGCUUGGCUUGCGCCUGAGUUUGAGACUGCAUGCUCUUCAGACAAAUUCAUACAAGCAGACGCAAGUAAAGAACAGGCUUUGGCACGGAUAUUUGACCGGCCCGAUGGCAAACAAUGGGAUUAUGUUUUCAACUGCGGCGGCGAGACGAGAUAUUCCCAGGAAGAUGAAGUAUACAAAGUACGGUCUCUAGGCCUGUCGUUAGCAGUUGGUAAAGAGGCGGCGAAGAGAGGAGUGAAGUGCUUCGUAGAAUUGAGCACGGGGAUGGUAUACAAGGCGAAUUCAGCGCCGAGUAAAGAGACGGACAAGCUCAAGCCUUGGAGCAAGAUUGCCGUAUUCAAAUUACAGGCGGAGGAGGAACUCGCCAAGAUUGAAGGCUUAAAUCUCGUUAUCGUACGCUUACCCCAUGUUUACGGCCCGUAUGCAUCUCAAUGGGUGGCGACGGCAUUAUGCAUGGCGCGCGUCUACCAAGCGAUGGGUGAGGACAUGAAAUUCCUAUGGACCAAGGACCUGUACACAAACACGGCACAUAUUGACGAUGUUACACGGGCUCUAUGGUCGGUUGCCGCCUGGUACAACGCUGGCAAGGCCAAUUGGGAUGAGAAGAAUAUGGGCGCGACGCCGACAUUCAACGUGGUAGACAAAGGAACGACAAAUCAGGGUACGAUCGCCGAAAUCAUUGGCCAAGUGUUCGGUAUCGAGACUGGAUUCCAAGGCCAACUUCUAAGUAACCUCGCUCGUCUCAACAUGGACAGUGUUGUAGAUGAUGUCAACGACGAUGUUCUAGGACCUUGGGCAGACCUUCUUGCAGAUGCUGGAAUAACGAGACCGGGUCCGCUGACUCCAUUUAUGGAAAAGGAGCUGCUGAAGGAUACGGACCUCAGCAUGGACGGUAGCCGACUGGAGGCAGUUGUUGGAUUCCAGUACCAAAAACCAGUUAUCACGAAGGAACUAGUGGAGGAAGUGAUCGAGAGCUACAAGAGGAUGAAGUGGUGGCCUUGA